AUAUACCGAUACAAUUCGGUGAUAGGUUGUGAAUUCUGUGUAGUUGUUGUUUUGAUAAGAGCGCGAGCAAAUCAAACAAAUAUAACGGCGUCGUGCGUUCAAGCAGGUAUACACAACGGAAUAAAAUAUUGUUAACGCCGCACAGAAUUUAAGGAUAAUCAGUUUUUGGAAAACUGUUUGCUGUGAACGUGAAUUCCAAACAAGGCAAGCAGCGAGCGAAGUAACGAAUUUUGGAGCAUAAUGGCAUCCGGCGGCUUGGCAUGUGUCAAAUACUUGACAUUCUUUUGCAAUCUCCUGUUUGCGCUCACAGGACUUCUCAUCUUUUUGGUGGGUGGCAUGGUACAACUGAACUAUGCACACUAUUCGAAUUUCGUUAGCGAUCAUAUUUGGACCGCACCCAUAAUUUUGAUGAUUGUCGGUGCCGCCGUGGCCAUCAUCUGCUUUUUGGGUUGCUGUGGUGCAUUGAAGGAGAGCAGUUGCAUGAUCCUCAGCUUUGCAAUUCUCGCAGUGGUCAUCUUUCUGUUCGAGAUCGGGCUAGGCGUUGCCGGCUAUGUGAAGCACACGGGCCUGCAGCAGUUGAUGGAGGGCCAGUUCAACACUACUAUGAAGCACUACAAGGACCGUGACGACUACCGAGAUGCCUGGACCCUGCUCCAGACCGAGCUGGAUUGUUGCGGCACCUACGGCCCCACCGACUGGGAGGUUAUCUUUCCGAACAAGACCCUGCCGCCGGCUUGCUGCUCCGUGAUCAAUCUGAGCGAGGCAAAGGAGUGCACCGCCGUCCACGCCAACCAGCAGGGUUGCUUGCAAAAGCUUUUGGGCAUUUUGGACUCGAAGACCCUAAUCUUGGCGUCCGUGGUGCUGGCAGUAGCGGGUAUUCAGCUGCUCACCAUACUGUUCGCCUGCUGCCUGUAUCGUUCGUUUCGCCGGAGCUACGAUCACGUUUAGAUUACGCAGCGAGGAUCCCGUCUGUCGCAUUUGAGUACCGGGAACACACCAAACCAAUUUUCGUAGUUUUGUAGUUGUCUCUAAAUCGAACACACAAUCACCAGCACUCACUCACGCAGAAAUCGAUUCACAACCAACUCAUGUGUCUCACUCGCCGCCCACGGAAGGCUGAUUAGUACUAUAUUAUCUACAAGAAUCUGGCAUGAAAACAAUAUUUGCAACACAAGAUUGCAUGCCAGAAUAUACAUACAAUCUCAUUCCAUUAUUUGUUAAACAUUAAAAAUAUGUUCGGAUUGGUUUCUGUUUAUUUUGUAAGUUUAUAAAAUCGAAACUCAUCUUCUGAUUAAUCAAGAACAUGUAUAAUUAAUUACAUGUAUUGCAAUUUGGAUAUUAUUUACUCAUUCCCCAACAAAUGCCAACAUAUUUUGCCACCACACACAUAUUCUCAAGCAUAUCGCCCAUAUAUUCUCAUCAUAUACUGCAUACAUUUAACAAAGUGCCCUUUUGUAGCGAUUUUUAAACUAUAUAUGUAACAUUUAAACCGCAUUUUUAGAAUAUAUAUGUAGGGGUGUGUGUGGCUUUUCCUCCCUCCAAAAGAAUACCCACCAGUUGACUCAUUUCAAAGAAUUGGAUUAUCACCAAACACUAUCAAUUAGUAUCCGCACACACUUUAAUAAAUGUGUACCCCAAAUAAAGAUUUAAGUCACUAAGCAUACUCAAAAUGAAAAGUGCUUCAGAACGAAUUUACACUCUUGAGAUCGAAUAAACCAUCCUUACAUCAGAUAAUUCUUGCAUCUCUGAAUCUUGAGGCUUUAAUAAUGGACGAUCACAGUAAAUAAUGAAUUGAAUCGAUAUUAUUACCUUAAUACACAGAGGCAUAUUAGCAAUAAAAACAUAAAUACACAAUUUUCUAAAACUGUAAAACUGAAUAUUGAUAACUACACUAUAUGUAUGCAUUUGAAAUAUAUGUAUUUGUAUUCGUA